AUGUCUGCGACGCUGGCGGACCCGUAUCGAGGCUUUGCAAUUACCUACUCUCACCAUGCCCUCGACAAAGUUAACCACGAAGACAUGAUUGUCUACGACCCUUCUCAACCACGCGUUGAUAGAUCACCGGAAGGCUUCUCUCCUGAAGGCCCGCACCAGUCAUCCUUUACACCAUACCUGCCGGCCAGGCCAGCUACGCUGCCUCAUACCAACGAUGAACCACAGCAUGUCCUCAUGGGACCGCAACAGAUGCACACGCGCCAAAUCUCAGCGCACUAUCACCACUCGUCAACUUUCGAGCUCUCUCCUCUGAGAGACACGCAGGAACGAUCUCGGUCAGCCAACGCAGACAACAGCACUCACCACAUGGAUCGCCGCGUCGGACAUCAACUAUCAUUGCAGCAGACACUGUUGAAUAGCGGAUCUUCUCCUCCGAUCGGUUCUUCAGAGAUGCUAUACCCCAUCUCCAGCGACCAUUCACCUACCUAUCCACCUGACUAUUCUCUCUCGCUCCCGCAACCUCACCACCACCACCAUCGCCUCCCACUGCAAGCGUCCAUCCGCUAUGGCCUCGACCCGAGACUGGGAUCGGCUUCGCCGUCCCUGCCGGGCACUGCACCCAACGUCGUAGGGCAGCCGGGAAUGCCAGUCCCAGCACCACGACCGCGCGGGCCGAAGCUGAAGUUCACAAGCGAGGAAGACACGCUCCUCGUGGAGCUCAAGGAGAUCAAGAACUUGACCUGGAAACAGAUCGCGGAUUUCUUUCCUGGUCGCACGAGCGGCACGCUACAGGUUCGGUACUGUACCAAGCUGAAGACGAAAGAUGUCAUCUGGACAGAGGAGAUGGUGCACCGGCUUCAGCGUGCUGUCGACGAGUAUCAGAACGACCAGUGGCGCAUCAUUGCUGGCAAAGUCGGGAACGGGCCGAACGGGCGGAAGCGGCAUCCAUCGUCAAUCCUCGUCGUCAACCGCAACCUCUCCUUCCACUCACACCACCACCCCCGUCGUUGUCCCUUCUCCCCUCCACAACAAAGGACAAUGUUCCUCCAACGCACAGCCUCCUCCCUUGCGCGGCGCUCGCCCGCCCGCGCUUUCGCUAUUGCCCGCCCGUUCUCCUCGUCCGUGGCUCGCCAUGGCGAUAGCUGUGUAGCUGACAUGUGGACUCUGGCUAAUCCGAAUUCGGGCACAGGUGACGACAAGAAGUGGGCUCCCAAGCAGGAGGGCAAGAUUCUCCCCUUUGACGAGAUCAAGACCGAGGACGACCUGAUCGCCCCCGGCGCCAAGCCCGGCACCGUCCCGACCGACUUCAGCCAGGCCACCGGUCUCGAGCGUCUGGAACUCAUCGGAAAGAUGCAGGGCAUUGACAUUUUCGACAUGCGGCCCCUGGAUGCCUCCCGGAAGGGAACCCUCGACAACCCCAUCAUCGUCACGGGCGCCGGUGAUGAGCAGUACGCUGGUUGCACCGGCUACCCGGCCGACUCGCACGUGGUUAACUGGCUGACUGUGUCCCGCGAGCGUCCCAUCGAGCGCUGCAACGAGUGCGGCAACGUCGUCAAGCUGAACUACGUCGGCCCCGAGGAGGAUCCCCACGCCCACGACCACGGCCACGGCCACCCAGCCCACGAGGAACCCAAGACUUUCGCCGACUACGUCAAGCCCGACUACUGGUACCGGUAA